AUGCCUUCAAAAGUGUCAUGCCUAUAUGUGUUGACAGUUGUUUGUUGGGCAAGUGCCCUGUGGUAUCUCAGCAUAUCCAGACCCACAAAUUCAUUAGUUGGGCAGCUGACUGUGCCCGCACGCAAAACCGUUAAGUCACAAAGAACCACCAACACCACAUUUAACAACAUCCGAACCCGCCCAUUAAACCCCCAUGCAUUUGAUUUCAUUAUUAACGAGCCCAAGAAAUGUGAGACCAACGUGCCAUUCCUGGUUAUCCUCAUCAGCACGACACAUAAGGAGUUUGAUGCUCGGCAGGCGAUUCGGGAAACCUGGGGCGAUGAGAGCACAUUCAGUGACCUUCGCAUCAUAACACUCUUCCUCCUUGGCCGCAGCACAGACAACAUGCUCAAUCAGAUGGUGGAGCAAGAGAGUCAGAUCUUCCAUGACAUUGUAGUGGAGGACUUUGUAGAUUCCUACCAUAACCUGACUCUAAAGACGCUGAUGGGUAUGCGCUGGGUGGCCACCUUCUGCAACCAGGCCAAGUACGUGAUGAAGACGGACAGUGACAUUUUUGUCAACAUGGACAACCUGGUGUACAAGUUGCUAAAACCAGACACCAAGCCCAGACGGAGGUAUUUCACAGGCUACGUCAUAAACGGCUCACCUAUUCGGGAUAUACGCAGUAAAUGGUACAUGCCCAGAGACCUGUACCCAGAAAGCAAGUAUCCACCAUUCUGCUCCGGCACAGGCUACGUCUUCUCAGCAGACGUGGCUGAGCUGAUCUAUAAGACGUCCCUUCACACCCGUCUGCUUCAUUUGGAGGAUGUUUAUGUAGGCGUUUGCUUACGGAAGCUUGGGAUUCACCCGUAUCAGAACAGUGGCUUCAAUCAUUGGAAAAUGGCUUACAGCCUCUGUAGGUACCGUCGAGUCAUCACCGUGCAUCAGAUCUCUCCUGAAGAGAUCCAUCGGAUCUGGAACGACAUGUCCAGCAAGAAACACCUCAAAUGUUAG